AGUGUGUUUUCUGUUCUUCUGUGGGAAAGUGCACUGCCAGCAGCAGCCUGGUCCCUGGGGCUCAGCCCUCCCAGGGACUUGGGGACAUGCUGCCACCCAACUGCUCGGUGCACAGCGAGGUGGCGGAGCUGGCGGCGGCCUCGCUGCUGCUGCUGGAGUGCGUGCUGGGCGCGCUGGGCAACGCCGUGGCCCUCUGGACCUUCUUCUUCUGCCUAAAGGUGUGGAAGCCCUACGCCGUCUACCUGUUCAACUUGGUCCUGGCAGACCUCCUGCUGGCCGCCUGCCUGCCCUUCCUCGCCACCUUCUACCUGAGACACAAGACCUGGGGCCUGGGUCACACCGCCUGCCAGGUGAUGUCCUUCCUGCGGGCCCUCUGCCGUGGGUCAGGCGUCACCUUCCUCACCGCCGUGGCCCUGGACCGGUACCUCCGAGUGGCCCACCCUCGGCUCAAGGUCAACCUUCUAGCUCCGCGGGCGGCCUGGGGGAUCUCAGCCCUCAUGUGGCUCCUGGUGGCCGCCCUCACCCACCAGAGCGUGCUCCUCUCCGAGGCCCAGUGCCCCAGCUCCGGGCCCCGGACGGAGUCCUCCUUCAGUGCCGUCUGGCAGGAAGCCCUCUUCUUCCUCCAGUUUAUCCUUCCCUUUGGCCUCAUCCUAUUCUGCAGCGCCAGCAUCAUCAGGGUUCUCCAGAGGAGGCUCCGGGACCCAGACAAGCAGCCGAAGCUGCGGCGGGCGCAGGCGCUGGUGGCCGUGGUCGUGGUGCUGUUCGCACUGUGCUUCCUGCCCAGUUUCCUGGCCCGAGUCCUGCUGGCCGCCGCCCGGCGGGGGCGCAGCUGCAGGGCCCUGAGCGCCGCGGUGCACGCCUCCGACGUGGCGGGCAGCCUCACCUACCUGCAGGGCGCGCUGAACCCCGUGGUGCACUGCUUCUCCAGCCCCGCCUUCCGCCGCUCCUACCGCAGGGUCCUCUACACCCUCCGAGGCCGCGGGCCGGAGGCCGAGGCUCGGGGCUGUGAGCCCAGGGACGACGACUCCUGAGGACGCCCGCCCCCCACCCGCUUCCCCGGGACCACCGGGUCUGAGCAGUAAUGAUGGUGAGUUAGGAUUCCACACUACAAAGGUCGGGCUCAACUGUCAGCACGACCGCAGCAAGGGCUCCCACACGCCUGGCUCCCGGGAUUCCCUUCCGCUGAUUUACGUGACAGAGCAGCCAGUCGAAGGGACCCAGCCAGAGCCUCCUUUACACACGAUUCGGAUGCAGGUCAACCGCACACCCACCACUGAAGAAAGGUGCCCUGGUGGACCGGGGGUGCAGAAGGAGGCGGAAAGCAGUGUUGCCAGUGUGGUUCUGACUCCGCUUGGUCUUGGCAAGUCAUUUUAACUUCCUAUUCUUGUUUGUAAAUGCAAAAAGAAAAGAAAAAAACCUGCUCCUUUCCUACCUCUUCA